AUGAGCAACAUGGAAUGGGACAGCAAGACCGUCAUCGGAUUUAAGGCUAAGGCCCCCAAAGUUACCCGCAAUGCGUCGGACUUGAAUGGUAAAACAGGAGCUGUCGUUGCUACAGACAAGAAGGUCACCGCUGGUGGGAACAAAGCCCGUCCAGGGCCAGAUCACCAACGCAUAGCCAAGCUUGACCGCGAGAACGAAGUUGCUCCUCCACCGAAAGUCAACGCAAGCGUCGGCAAGGCCAUCCAAACUGCUCGCAUGGACAAGCAGCUGACUCAGAAAGACCUGGCCCAGAAGACGAACGAGAAGCCUUCUGUAAUACAAGACUACGAAUCCGGGAAGGCUAUCCCUAAUCCUGCGGUCCUCGGCAAGUUCGAGAGGAUUCUGGGUGUCAAGCUUCGUGGUGCGGAUAUUGGAAAGAAGCUGGAGGGGCCGAAGAAGUCGUGA